GGAAGGGUUAAUAAAACGUCAAACUAUCAAAGAAAACUCUCCUCUCAACAACAACAAAUAAACAAAAGAUCCGAAAAAACCUACAAAAAAGUGGAAAAUUGUAUCGAUUUUUCCUUCUAAAAAUGGGAAAUGUUCUCUCAAUUGAAUUUUACUUUGAAAAUCACGAAUAUAUUGGACCUUUCCUCAUAUUCUGUGCAUUCUGUCUCUACGCUUGGAAUUCCCUGACAACGUUCAAGGAGGAGAACGUCAAAAUGACGGAAGCUUUUAAGGAACGGACAGAAGUAUCGCACCAUUCCCUGGAAGUUACAACGCGCUUCUUCACAAACAAUCCGGGAAUUAUCAAUGUUCCCGUCAUCCGGCAUGGAAAUGAGUUGAUCACCCCCUUUGCAAAGGCCUGCUAUUUGUAUUUGAUCCCAUUGAUUCGCGCCAUGAUUGCGGAUGGGGCUGAAGUGAAUCCACCGAAUCAAUCACGCCACAUUCCCUUCCUCAUUUGCGUUUCAGUGAUACUCUUGAGGAAUAUUAAGGAUUUUUCAGCACUGGAUGCUCUUCUGGAGGCAGGAAGUGACAUUAAUGUCACCUACCCGAGAACUAACUGGACUUCCCUGCAUAUGGCGGCAAUCUACAAGCGCUAUGAUCUCUAUGAUUUCCUUCUGAACCGCGGAAUUGACGUUGAAGCUGCAGAUUUAGAUGGAAAGACAGCGGGAAUGUACUACACUGACCCCGAAGAAGAUGAGGAAGAAGUUGCUUCAGGAGAUUCACAACUCAAUGGCCCCGUCCCAAACUAAUGGAUUCACUUCAAAUGACAAAAAGCGCUAAAACGUUAAAAAGAAAUAACUUAAAAUAAGCUAUUGAAUUCGAACAAACUACUUUGUCCAUUAGAGCCCACAACUACUAAUUUUAAUUAUUAUAAACAAAGCCUCAAAUGAGCCGGAAUUUUAAUGUAUAACAGAACUAAUUGUAAACAAUAAAUUGUAAUAAUUUAACGAAAAUAAAAAAGAU